CCAUAGCACCAUUAGGCAUUAGCGCCACAGAGCCGUAUGAUCGCCGAAACCUCACUUCGCUAUACACAGCCGAAACGCAGCGUUUUCAAGCAAACCGAACUCAAGGGUUUUAUCGAAUUCUCCGUUCCGAUGGAUCCUGGGUCGUCGUCCUCGUCGUCCUCAUCGUCGGCAUUCCCUCUCCACAUGGCGAUGGCGGCGCUGGUCGGAGCAUCGCUGAUGGCUAUCUCCGCCUUCUACGUUCACAAGCGCAGCGUCGAUCAGGUUCUCCACCGCCUUAUCGACAUCCGCCGCGGAGGCCCUGCCAAGGCCGAUGACCACGGCGGAGGAGAGCGAGGUGACUGCGACGACGCUGAGGCAGAGGUUGAGACUAAUCGCAAAAUGCGGGGACGGGGUCCAUCUAGGUCUUUGGAUAAGGCCGCACUUUGCUGUAGAAGAGUCUCGUCUUCCUUGCCCAAUGCCGUUUUGGACAGUUCUUGGUUCGAUGAAGAAUCUAAUUUUGAUCCUCCAGAGCCUUUCUCCGUCCAAGAUUUUUCCUCUUGUCACUUUGAUAAACUCAACUCCAUUCCCUCUGGACUGCCACCGCUUCAAACGGCUCCAAAAGACGAAGAGCAUCUCUCUGCUAGCCACUCUGGUUCCAAUGUGAGGGUGGCACCUGUUAGUAGGCUAAUGACUCCAAGAUCUCUGGGAGGCAAUGCAUUUGACAGUGCAGGGGAUUCCGAUGAGGAAGGAACGGAACUUGUAAUUGGAGAGGACACUUUUUUCAACUAUCCAGACAUUAAUCAUUCAGUUGAUUUUAUGGGUAUUAAUGAUUUAAAUUCAAACGUUCAGAAUUCAACUCUCCUUCCCUUUAAAGUUGAUAAUGGCAACUGUUUUCAAGAUCAGAAAUGCAGAGGAACCAAAACUGAAUCAAAUGUUGGUGUAGAUCUGCAUGUCAAUGGAAAGAUGGACACAGCUUCAGGGAACAUUUUGGGAACUAGGCCUAUUUCUGCCAACACCAUUUCACCACUGAGAACCAUAGUGCAGGAAUCAACAAAUGUAGAAGAGGAGGAAGUACUGGAGAUGAUUCGUGGAUGUUUAGAUUUGCGGGAUACCUACGUUUACAGGGAAAAAGUUGCUCCAUGGGAGAAGGUAACAGAGCUAGGAAGUACUGCACUGGAGACAAGCAGUGAUCCAUUUCACUUUGACCUUGUUGAGACAACUACUCAUCACUUCGGGAUGGAAGAUGGAGUUGUACAUGUUUAUGCGAGCAAAAAUGACACUGUGGAUCUUUUCCCUGUUGCAAGUUCAACAACAUUUUUCACUGAUAUGCAUCAUAUUCUAAGAAUUAUGGCUAUUGGAAAUGUUCGAUCUUCAUGUCAUCAUCGAUUAAGAUUUCUUGAGGAGAAAUUCCGCCUUCAUCUGUUAGUAAAUGCAGAUCGGGAGUUUCUGGCUCAGAAGAGUGCACCACAUCGCGAUUUCUACAAUAUUAGAAAGGUUGAUACACAUGUGCAUCAUUCUGCCUGCAUGAACCAGAAGCACCUCCUGCGCUUCAUCAAGUCUAAGCUCAGAAAAGAACCUGAUGAGGUUGUCAUAUUCCGAGAUGGGAAGUAUCUCACACUUAGGGAAGUUUUUGAGAGUUUAGAUUUGACAGGGCAUGAUCUGAAUGUUGAUCUAUUGGAUGUGCAUGCUGACAAGAGUACCUUCCAUAGAUUUGACAAGUUCAAUCUUAAGUAUAAUCCUUGCGGACAAAGCAGAUUAAGAGAGAUCUUCUUAAAGCAGGACAAUCUUAUCCAAGGGCGUUUUCUAGCAGAAUUAACAAAACAAGUUCUAUUGGAUCUUGAAGCAAGCAAAUACCAGAUGGCUGAGUAUAGAGUGUCAAUAUAUGGAAGGAAACAAAGCGAAUGGGAUCAGCUGGCGAGUUGGUUUAUUAACAAUUCAAUUUACAGUGAGAAUGCUGUUUGGUUAAUCCAGCUACCACGGCUAUAUAAUGUUUACAAGCAAAUGGGGAUUGUUACAAACUUUCAGAAUAUUUUAGAUAAUGUGUUUAUUCCUUUAUUCGAAGUAACAAUUGAUCCAAGUUCUCAUCCGCAACUACAUGUAUUCCUAAAGCAGGUUGUGGGUUUCGACAUUGUAGAUGAUGAAAGUAAACCAGAAAGGCGUCCAACUAAACACAUGCCCACGCCUGCCGAAUGGACCAAUGAAUUCAAUCCUGCAUACUCUUACUAUGCUUAUUACUGCUAUGCUAACUUGUACACUCUCAACAAGCUUCGUGAGUCAAAAGGACUGCCAACAAUCAAAUUCCGGCCACACUGUGGAGAGGCAGGUGAUGUAGACCAUUUGGCUGCUGCAUUCCUUCUCUGCCAUAACAUUUCUCAUGGGAUUAAUUUGCGGAAAUCCCCUGUUUUGCAGUAUCUGUAUUAUCUUGCUCAGGUUGGACUGGCUAUGUCACCACUGAGCAAUAAUUCGCUUUUCCUGGAUUAUGGUCGCAAUCCAUUUCCGAUGUUCUUCCAGCGUGGCCUAAAUGUUUCACUCUCAAGCGAUGAUCCUCUGCAAAUCCAUUUGACAAAAGAAGCCCUUGUGGAAGAAUAUAGUGUUGCAGCACAGGUGUGGAAACUCAGUUCCUGUGAUCUAUGUGAGAUAGCAAGGAACUCUGUCUAUCAAUCUGGAUUUUCACAUAUGGCAAAGAUGCAUUGGCUUGGUAGUAAAUACUUCAUGAGAGGCCCUGAAGGAAAUGAUAUUCACAAGACAAAUCUGCCCAACACAAGGAUUGCCUUCCGUCAUGAGACAUGGAAGGAGGAGAUGAUGUAUGUCUACGCUGGAAAGGCUAAGUUUCCUGAAGAGAUAGACCUUGUAUAAGUGAACAAAUAAAAAGGAAGAGAAUAUUUAUGAUGCAAAUGAAAUUCUGCUGUUGAAUUGGGGAUGAAUAAAUAUCUCAGCAUGAGUUAGGCUGCCAAAUUUUUAUUUACGGUCCCACUGAUUCAGUGAAAUCAGAGGUUGUAAAGAGCACCAGCUGCAACUAGGAUGAUUGAUAACAGCUGUAUGGGGAAGAUCUUUUGGUGCUAUGUAGUGGGGCUUGGAGUUUUCUUUAUAGAUAGCUGUUGAAAACUUAAAUUUUGAAUUGCUGGAAUUCCUGCUGAGAAAUGUGCAGGUUUAAUGGUAUACAAGGUUUUUGAAAAAUACCAAUUUCAACUUGUAAUGAAAGAGCCAUUUUACAUGAUUAGGAUGACAUGUGAUUUGA